UUAGUAUCAUCUAAGGAGAAUGCGGCUUCAACGUUUCAGGGGAGAAAAAUCACCACCAGAAUUUUGUCGUUUAUAAUAUGUGUAUUUGCUUGUUUUGACUUUUUUGUUGUUUUUUAAAUAUUUUUUAGUUGUUUCCUUUUUCUGUAUUUUCCCUAAAUGUGGACAGGAAGUGAAGAGAGCGACACUGUCGUGGGCAUAGAUAACCCAGCCUUCGAUGGAGAAGGAAGCACUGAGCUUUCCAUUCCUUCGACUUGGCUGGGGAGAAAAAUGCGAGGUGACAGGCCGGAUAGCACCCUUGCAGCUCACCAUAAAAAAAUGGAGCUGCAAGCCCCUGCCAAAGAAAGAGGAAAUGAACAUGCCCAAAAUUACUUUGACCCAUCGUCGGCAGAGCAGAUAGACCCUAGGCAUCACUGGACGACUGGGGUCAACACUAAAGAUGAGUUGGAAUUAACAAUACUGAACGCAGAUGAAAACAGGCUGUACGAAAGGAUGGCUGCCCUGCUGGAGGACGAUGACACUUCUUUAGACAUACCUGGUACACUACAAGCCUCCAGGGAUGAUGAGGUGUUGGAGGUGAAGGCGGGUGAUCUGCUGCUUCAGCGGCGACUGCUGCUCCACAGUGGUGGUGAUGCCUCGGGCUCUGGGCCCUCGCAGGCCCACACCACUGCCAAAACACGAGCCAAGGGUGGAGAAGUUGGACUCGAAGCGGGGAGGAUGGAGAUGGGCAGAGAGAUCACUGUAAAAACGAGGACAGCUGAGGAAGUGAUUCCCCACUACGCCCAGCAGCUGAGGGAGCGUGUGCAGCCUGACAUGAUCACGCUUGGCAGCCUUUCACUGCAGCAGCAACAAGCUCCAAAUAAACCCUGGAAAAUGACUGAAUGGGCAAAGAGGAAGAAAAGGCUAGCUUCCCUUUUCAGAGGGAACAGUGAGAAUGCCACUUCACCCAGAGACUGUGAUGAAGCGGUCAGACCACAGCCCAGGCUGAACACACUGUUUCCGUGCGCUGAAAGCCCAUCAGUCAGCGAGCUGGGUGGAGGCCAAGGAGACGCCAAACACGGCCAGAUGACGGCAGUCCUGGAAUCCUCGUCUUUGGCGUCACGCCCCCCGUGGCCGAGUGCCCGGAGUUCCCUUCCUCAGCCUGUGGAGGUGCGUGUUUGUUGCCUAAGAGCCACCAGAGACAAACUUCCCAGAGGCCUUUAUUCUAUCCGAGUGACGAUUCACAGCCGUCUAGGGGGUUCGACUCUUGCUUUGUUUGGUCAGAGCAAGCAUCAGGAUUGGGGAACGUCCACGGAGCCGACGGAACAUGGAGGCCGCUUCUACCACAACGAUCUACCAAUUAACCAGAGCCUCUUCAUGAACUUACCUGCUGCCUGUGAUAUCACCCCCUCCAUGGUCCUGGUAUUCCAGCUCAUCAACCUAGCUGGGCACAGCAGCCAUGUCAGCUCUGCUCUAUCCUGGGGUGCUUUUCCCAUUUGUGGGCCAAGCUUCUGUCUAGUCCAGGGCAAGUUCAAAACUCCGCUAUUGAGGGGGGAGCCCAACCAACAAAUGGACCAAUUUAAAAAGAUCGAGGCUCAAAUCGGCUCUGACCUGGACAACUGGCUUUGCAACUUGUAUUUUCAGGUGAAAAGGCUCCCACCUGGUGCAUCUGUGCAGUCUGAGCUCUCUGUGGUAGCACCGAACCCUCCUGCGAUCAAACCUGAGAUCCACGAGGAUCAACCCCAGCCUCGGCCCCCGUCCCAGUCACUUCUCUGUCCUCAGCCCGAGUCUCAAACUCAGCUCUACGCAGGCCCCAGCUGCAGAGAAGAGCCCGUUGUUUCACAUUCACAUCAGGGGUCUUGUCUCCAUCUGUCAGCUGAUUCUGCUUGCUCUUCCUCAUCUCUCCCAGGAAAAAAUUAUCCUCUAUCUGGGAGUAGCGAGGAGAGGAGUGAUCCGUGCAGAGAGGGUGCAGAGGGUGGGAAUCACUGCAAGAAGAAGCCAAUCAAGAAGACAAAUAGCUGUGGCCCCAGCAUGAGCGGCAGAAGCGCACCGCCUCGGCAGGCAGACAAACAGACGACGCAGACUUCAACGGAAACCCUCUCUGCGGAAGACAUGGAGGAGUAUACGUUUUCUCUACAGUCAGCACCAGCUGGACCCAGUCACAGUCCUCCACACCUCUCUGACCGAGUCCGUAUCGCCCUCUGCAUGCUGCUGUCCGAGCUAGACCUGCCGUUGCUGCGGCAACGACAUCAACAACACCUGAAUGAUAGCUGGCAUGACUCCGUUCAGCAGCUCGGCCUCAUUAUGCUUCUCCUAACUUUGAUGUGGUUCGUGAGGCUUUACCUGCAUUACUGGAGCCAGUGGCUCUACCUCCAGGCCAUAGCGGUUCCUGUCAACAAAUUCCGCUUCCACGCACACACAGUGGAGCUCGUCUACCAGAGUUCUUUGCUCCACACCCGGGAGGAACUGGCUAUGGUGAUGGUGGGUCCCCUGACCUUGAACGCAGUAACGUUCCUGCUGGUUCUGAUCAGAUGGGGCUGUCAACUGAUAUUUGGCUCACUCCCUUCAUUCAUGUCAAAGUUUAUCAUGGCUCAGGGAGUGUGGACAGUCCUCGACCCCCUAGCAGUCUUUGCUGUGGACGCCGUCCUCGGGCAUCUCAUUUACAGCCCUGAUGUACCAGUGGGCGAUGCAGCCAAGCUUUACUGGCACUUUUAUCGAGCUGAUCGUUCGGGUGCAGCAGGAGUGUUCAUCACUCUGUUCCUGUAUGCAGUCCACUUCCUGCUCUCCAUUACUAUUCUUUCUAUUUACCUGCUCAGAUUCCACAACGAUGGUCGCAUGUUAGAUGUUUUCCAGCGACUCACCGCUAAAGAGGGAAAAUACUUCUUGCCUCAAGACCUUGAGCUGUCCAAUCAGGAGCUUAGCUACAUUGUCAAAAAGGCUGAGCAGUGGAGAGGCUUCAAUGGUGAGAGGCGCAAGGUGGCUGUUUAUGAUUAUGUCUGGACAACGGAGGAUGUUCUGUCAAGUUCUGGAGAAGAGCCCCACAUGGAGGCACCACCACCACCACCAGAGGGUGAGACCAGCACCCAUGUGAUCAUCUACACUCUAUACGUGAGUGGACUGAAGCAAAGAUACAGACACUUCCUCCGUCAGCCUGAUGGGGCAAUUGUUGAGGUGAUAGGUGAAAUAGAUGGAGAUGACAAUGGAACUGGCUCAGCUCACAGUGCUGCCCAUCAGAAAGAAAAGAAGGAAAGUGCAAGCCUUUCAAUCCAACUGCGAAAGCGCAGGAAACCAUUAGGCCGGUUCCGCCGUAUGGAGCCUUUAGGAGGAAGUGGAUGUGGCUCCAGUUCUGCUCUACAAGAUCUUCAUGAAUGAUUAUUGAGAAUCAUGGAGGGACUGUACAUCAAAACAAACUAUAGUUUCACUUUUUUUUGCUGUUGUGCCUUGUGAUUUUUGUACCUCGGCUCAAAAAAGGUUCAAAAACUCUGAUCUUCAAGACCUAAUGUUCACAAACAAUGCAUGUGAAUCUAUCUGUAUUUCAAUAAAUGCUUUAGCAAUACUUUUAAUGAAUGCCGGUUGUCAAAUAUCCCACAAUGCCUCAAUGCUGUAAAGUAUGAAGAUUCUUAAAGUCACUAAUCAGAAGACGAGUGAUAAAAUAUCAAUUUUUGCCUUACAUUAAACAGGAUAAUAUUCAGGCCAGCUUGAUUUGUAUUGAAUAUGUGUCUGCUAGCCGGUGCUUAGUGUAAUGAAGUGGCUCACAAAUCAGGCUGUAAUGGCCUCGUACUUACACAUAUUGCUUAAUUAAAGGUUGUGAGCUUAUUAGCAUGUGUCUCUGGCUCAGGCUACAGGAAAAUGGGGAGCAGGACUGAUGUCGUUCAGGGCUCGGCUUUAAAGGUUUUAUAGAUAGCGAACCUAUCAUACUAAAGCUUUAGCCCCUCUAAAAUCUGAUCUUAAUAACCAAUCAUUUUCAUUGAUGAUGAUUUCCCUUUAUGAGCAGCCAUUACAGAUCAAGUUCAGGGUCUCACUGAAUGGCGAUGGCCUCCAUUUUUGCUCGUCAUAAUCAGCGGCACACCUUACUUUGGCCUUGAAGUUGCUCCUUGCCUCCAUGUUUAAACUAUUGCUGUUUUGGCCUUGGGUCGUGGAGACCAUUGCAUAUGGACACACACAUUCACAUGUACCUAGAACUCCAACAUAACAUUACACAAAUUCAACUAAAAUGCCCAGAUAAAAGGAAGAAAAAUAAGCCAUUUAUGUUCAUCUCCAUCUGUGAUUUGAAUUUUAAAAAAAUUGUAUGUUAUAGGUAAAAAUAAUCUCCUGUGUUUUCAAAUGCUAAAUACAUUUUUUUCGCUCUAAAAAGCUCACCUAAUAGUCUCAAUUAAUCUCCCAAAAACAACAGUAUAAUCCAGAGCGCCUUAUAUAUGGAUUAAUCCCGGUUGUGCUUAAUGAUGCAUGAUUUUGAAGCGAUUUUGAGAAUUACAUGGUGCUCUUUCAAAAUGUUUGGUUUGGUUUGAAUACUAUUGUGAAUAGGCUAAUGCUGCUAAUGUGUAGUGCUGUCGGGUAGUGUUACCAACAUGGUAGGGAGUUAGAGUAGUCACAGUAACAUUUGUUUUAGUUGUAUCCGCCUGUUUUUCAUGUGUGGCAAACUAGGUUGGGAGUUACAGGUAUUGUAACAAUGCUAACGCUUCUAACAUGUGUAUCAUAUUACAAAAAGUUCAAAUUACAGAGAAUAUGGCAAAUGUUUUGUCUUGUGUCAUUCAAUUCUCCAAAAUUCAUAGUAAAUAAUUAUUAUACCUGGAGGUUUGUCAGUCUGUCCGAUGACGUGACCUCACAACGUUCUUGUAGCACGCGUCGACGAGCAUGUGCGCAGACUGCUGCCGGCCAUGGCUAAAGGAAAAAAGCGUAUCAAGGUAGAAUUAUCUGUUGACUGUUUGUAUUUUGUGUCAAAAGAAUAAAAGACCCACUGACACCAACCCAGAGUUGUCUUCGUUCAACACCAGAACAAAACCCAAAGUAUAACAAGGAAUGUGACCCAAUUACAUGAACAAAGUUAAUUGAGUCGAACUGAUUGAUGGACUUAUCUCUGUCUCCUUUGUCUCGCUUAAUGUGCCUUAUAGUUUGAUGCACCUUAUAUAUGAAAUAAUUUCAAAAAAUAGACCAUUCAUUGACGGUGAGUCUUGUAAUUGGUUGGAAAAUAUAGUUUGUAUGUUAGCAUACAUUCUUUCUAUUUUUAUUAUUUGUUUUCUCCCGUUCUAUCAUUUGACCCUAACCAGAGCCAUAAGAGUUAGAGAUCACUCCAUUAACAAUGAAAGUCCCACACCCCCAUAUUCAAUCAGCCCACUAAUGAACAAUAAGCAGAGAUGCUGCCUUUCAGAUAUGACAAGAAGCUCUUUUCCUUCACCAAACAUCCCUUCCUCUGGAUCUACUCCCAUGAACUUGUCUACUUGUUUUCAGAUGUUGUCUUUGUUUUAUUAAAAGUGAAUGCAAGAUGAUAGUCGUGACAGUGUUAACCUAAACACAGCUGAAAAACAAAAAAAUUCCACUGACGUUCUGUUGGUUUCGACAGGUUAUUCUUUUAUGUAAACCCAUGAAACACAUUGAAUGAAUCGUUCGUGCCCUCCAAUCCUCUUUGUUUUCCUUUUGAUGUUCUCUGAGAGAAUUGCUACCUUUUCUAUUCAUGAUCAUCAAAACAAUGCCCCCUGCAAAACGUUCAGACUGUGAAGACUACAGAUGCAAAGAGGGCAAAGGUAUUUCACUGGUUCAAAUAUUUGAUUGGUAAUGACAAACACAAUUUCUCUUCAAUUUAAAUUUCAAAUUGGUCCCCUGGAGCAGUGAUUUCUGAGUGAGGAAAACAUGCCGUUGGGUUUUGGGCGCCUCACAUUUUGCUGAUUUAAGUUAAAAGAAAACCUUUUUGCAGUGCUAUCAUAAGGGAGCUGCAACUUUUUGAAGUAAGUGCCUGCAUCUGCUUAAAGCCAAUGCAACCUGGGGAUGUUGCUGGAGAGUGAGGAAAGAGGGGGGAAAUAAAACAUAAAAAGAAGAAAAAUAACACUUUGUCUAAUUCUAUAUUUACGUUGCCCUCAGCUUUAGGUAUUCACAUAAAACAGUUUGUAUUCAGAAGUGCUGUGGUGAUCGUUACUCUGUACGUUGAGAUCAGCAACUCUCGCGGCACAGUUGGAGGGUGCAGCUCAGCUUGAUUCAUUUGAAUUAAAGUUGCUGGAAUUCGUAGUUUUUCUUUUUUCAAACUUUUUCUGAUUGUGCUUUUUUUUAAGGGCAACCAAUAAAGAAUUUCUUUUGAUGAAGAAAUUUCUACGUUUGCUGUUACUGCACACAUGUAUUUUAAAUUUGCUCAGUUUUAUGCCACUUUGUUUGAGGUAAAAGGAAAAAUAAUUAUGCAUUGCAAGCAGAGUUUCUCUUUUGCCACUGAGAAGAAAGCCAAUGUUGGUCUGAGGGCGAACUGAGUUCUUACCAUGAGAGGAUGCAAAAAAAAAAAAAAAA